UACAAACCUGAGUCCUGUCCACUCUAGUCAGCCCAGAGCAGGAGGCAGCUACGCGCUUGCGUAGAGAGAAGACACUUAUUUUUUUUGGAAGACACCGGACCGUUCACAUACACGAAAUGGCGUCAGCGGCCGACUACAGUGCCUAUGGUCAGGCGGGAGGCCAACAGGGAUAUGGCUCUUAUGUGGCCCAGCCUGCUCAGGCUGCCUAUGGACAAAACACUCAGCCGGCUUACGGUCAGCAGCAGGGGUAUGGGUCAUACAGCCAGCCGGCUGACUCCACCUAUGCCCAAGGCAGUAGCUCUUCAAGUGGAUACUCCCAACAGAGCUAUGGGUCUUCAUACAGUCAACAGCCACCAGCUGCAACUGGGUAUGGUGCUACUACUGCUGCAGCUCCUGCAGCCCCUCAGGGUUACAGCCAGCCCGCUCAGGGCUAUGGAGCUGGAGGGUACGAUGCUGCCCCUGCUGCUGCCGCCGCCUCCACCACCACCACCACCAGCCAGGGCUCUUAUGGGACUCAGAGUGGCUAUGCAGCCCAGGCCUCGUACCCAGGAUACGGGCAGCAGCCAGCUGCCGGGGCGCCGCCAAGCUACAGCACCAGUAGCCAGCCGCCCCCCAGCUAUGAGCAGAACUCGUACUCCCAGACGCCCCAGCAGGGUGCGUACUCCCAGCCCCCUCAGAGCGGGGGAUAUCAGAGCCAACCAGGUGGUUACAGCCAGCAAGGUAGUGGAUACCAGGCGCCUCUUCCCCAGACACAGGCCCCCCCCUCCAGCUACGCUCCGCCGUCAGGAGGGUCUUACGGUCAGCCUCCUUCAAGCCAGUAUGGACAACAGGGUGGGCCAGGAGGCAGCUAUGGUUCGCAGGGCAGCUACAGGCAGGACCAUUCCAACGGCGGGGGCUACUCCGGGCCGGAACCCGGUGGAUACGGGGGCCAUGGUGAGGGCCGAGGCAUGGGGGGGGAGAGCCGGGGCCGUGGCCGUGGGGGGUUUGACCGUGGCGGGAUGAUGCGUGGCGGUGGCGGCAUGAGAGGUGGAAUGGGCAGAGGAGGCAUGGGCAUCGCUGGAGACAGAGGUGGCUUCAUUAAGCCUGGUGGACCAGCCUCAGACAUGGGACGCCCAGAGGAGCAGGAUGACUCUGAGAACAGCACCAUUUACAUCACUGGCCUGACGGAGAAUGCCACGCUGCCUGAAGUUGCUGACUUCUUCAAGCACAGUGGAAUAAUAAGGAUCAACAAGCGCACAGGGCUGCCUGCUAUCAACAUCUACACAGACAAAGACUCAGGGAAACCAAAGGGAGAUUGUACUCUGUCCUAUGACGAGCCACCAUGUGCCAAAGCUGCAGUGGAGUGGUUUGAUGGCAAAGACUUCCAAGGGAAAAAGCUGAAGGUGUCGAUGGCUCGCCGUAAACCCAUGAUGGGGAUGAUGCGUGGGGGCAUGCCCAUGAGGGGAGACCGGGGAGGCAUGAUGAACCGUGGAGGGCCUGGGAUGAUGGGUCGAGGUGGCCCAAUGGGCCGUGGUGGGGACCGUGGAGGAUUUAUGCCCAGGGGUGGUCCUCGUGGCAUGGGCAGAGGUGGUCCCUCAGGAGGCAACAUGCAGCAGAGAGCCGGAGACUGGGAGUGCCCUAAUGCGGGCUGUGGAAACCAGAACUUUGCCUGGAGAAUGGAGUGUAACCAGUGCAAAGCACCUAAACCAGAAGGCUUUGGCCCCCCUCCGUUCCCCCCUCCAGGAGGUGACCGUGGGAGGGGUGGUCCAGGCAUGCGUGGGCGUGGGGGGAUGGACCGUGGAGGGCCAGGAGGACCUGGAGGUCCACUUGGCUUCCGUGGAGGUAGGGGUGGUGACCGUGGGGGCGGCUUCAGAGGACGUGGUGGCAUGGAAAGGGGAGGCUUCGGAGGCAGGGGCCGUGGCGGACCUGGUGGCCCUCCCAUGGAUGACAUGGGUGGCCGAGGCAGGAGGGGUAUGGGACCCCCCGGCAAGAUGAUGGAAAUGAAGGGAGACCAUCGCCAGGACCGGAGAGAUCGUCCCUACUGAAGGAUACAACACUUGCAUAAAUUCCCAUAUCUUACAGGAUUUAUUUUUUAAAAGGACAUUUUAAA